UGACGGUCCCGUGACCAGAAGCGGAAACGCUCAGCACAGUGAGAGGACAACGUCGUAACAGCUAACACAAGCAAACCCAAAGCAUCCCCGUUUCUGGAUUUAUAUCUGCGUUAAGCCUUAUUUCAACAAAAAUAAAUAAAAUAAAAAAUGGACGGAUCUUCCAGAGCAUCCCCAGACGUCGAUGCUGGUCCACCGCCCUAUAUGAGAGGAAAUGAAAGUUCCCUGGUUUCGGCUCUCAAGACACUGCUGUUCUUCACCAUCCUUAUGGUUACGUUACCCAUCGGACUCUACUUUGCAUCAAAGGCCUACAUCUUUGAAGGGACGAUGAAGAUGUCCAGCUCUGACAGCUACUUCUAUGCAGCCAUUGUCGCUGUGCUGGCGGUGCAUGUGGUUUUGGCCUUGUUUGUGUACGUGGCCUGGAACGAAGGUGUGCCUAAAGGAAAGGGCAAACAUGAUUAAAACUAGGUUUACAAAACCAAUAAGGUAGGUAGAGAUGAGGUUGUGAAGGGGAAGCCACGUUUUUCUCUACACUGAACGUUGAAGCACUGGUGAUGACAACAGCUACAAACCUGAAAGAGAAUCUUAAACUUGAGAUUAAAGUACAUACAUAUGUACAAUAGGAAAGAAUGCUGUUUGUUGUGAUUCAUAUUUUUCACCUCAGCAGAUCUGCUUUUGACUUUUAGUUAAAUGAAAAUGUUACUAUUUGGGGAAAGGACAGUCUUAUUUUAAAAUAAGCUGCCCAUUGACUAAAGUGCUCUCACGAGUAUGUGAAAUGACACAUUUUGGAAUUCUUUGUAUUGUGUCAAGUAUGAUUAAUUUGAUUGAAGUUGUUUCCUUUGAAACCUCGUUUUCUGUACUGAAAUCUAAAAAUAUGUGAUGUAGAUACUGUUUAAGUCCCUAUCAGGGAUGCAAAAAUAUGGAAUAAAAGUUUAUUUGUAAUAAAACA